AAUGCAGCAAUUCAGGAAUCACCUGAAUCAAUUCAGACCACUGCUGAAGAUGUCCUUGAACUGCCACUCCUUCCACCUGAAGAUGUUGCCACUCCUUCCAAGCACAAACUUUCAGACCAGAGCACACACAACAAUCCACCAGAAGAUGUCGCCACUCCUCGAACUGCCACCACACGCGCCCAAUCGUCGGCCUUGAGCGAAGCCGCCGAAAAUCGAUCUACUCAGAAGUGACUCUGUGCUCUCAUGGCCAACAAGGGUGAAGAUCCUCAGGGACUGUGCAUAUGUCCUGAGGUUUCUUCACACACACUCCGAUGGAUGCAUUGUACAUAGAGACAUUAUGCUUACCAACAUCUUGCUGACAGAGGACAUGGAGCCUAAGCUGUCUGAUUUUGGGCUUGAAGCACAUGAUUUGCCUAGCAAGCACUAUAUCUGAUUCAGCUAACUAAUGACAUGAUUUAGUAAGUAAUCGAGUUGAGUGACUAGUAAACUAAUGACAAUGUGGCAACUAGUUAAAUGGCCAAACCAUGGGAGGGAUGGCUAUCAUUCAUGUUGUCAUCUUCUAUAAGAUUUUAGUGAUGGCUAACCUAGCAAAUGUCACUGCAUGCGUAAGCAAAUCUUAUAUGGCUUCCCUCUUAAAUGCAUAUAAGUUUGUUAAAAAUCAUGUGGCAGGUACCUUAUCGUGAUCGACGAUAUCUGGAGCACUGAAGCAUGGGAAACCAUAAGGGAUGCCUUACUGAAUAAUGAUCAUGGGAGCGGAAUUAUCACUACAACACGUAAUAGUACAGUUGCAUCAUAUUGUUGUACUGGAACCGGUUAUGUUUACAAAAUGAAACCCCUCAGUCCUGCUGACUCCAGAAGGUUGUUUCUGCAAAGAGCAUUCGGUUCUGGGGAUUUAUUCCCCCCGCAUCUGGAAAAUGUGUCUGAAGGGAUAUUGCAAAAAAUGUGAGGGCCUACCACUGGCUAUUAUUACCAUGUCUAGUUUGCUGGCAGAUCAAACAGCCGAAGAAGAAUGGAACAGGGCGCUGGCUGCUAUUGGUUCUUCACUUGCAAAGGAAUCUCAUGCUGAAGCUAUGACAAAGAUAUUAUCUCUGAGUUAUUUUGAUUUUCCUCACCCUAUGAGAACUUGUUUGUUGUACUUCAGUGCAUUCCCAGAAGAUCAUAUCAUCAAGAAGAGAAAACUGAUACAUAAAUGGAUCUCGGAAGGAUUCAUCCAUGAAGAACCACAUCGGAGUGCAUACGAAGUAGGGGAGAGUUAUUUUUAUGGUUUCAUCAACAGAAGCUUGAUUCAAGCACAUGAUGUAGAGUAUGGCCAGGUGGAGACAUGCAAAGUUCAUGACAUUAUCCUGGAUUUCAUUAAAUGCAAGGCCAAUUAAGAGAAUUUCAUGACAACAUAUGGUGAUGUCGAGCAUAGGAAGAAACACAAGAUUCGCAGGCUCUCUGUCAUGAGCCGCUACAAUGAAAUGGCUGCUGUGUCAGGGGAUCUCUCUCAUGUUCGAUCAAUUGCUAUAUUUGGGAAUUUCGGACAAAAUUCUUUGUUGUCUUUUCCAGCUCUUCGUGUGUUGGACCUGGGAGAAUGUCGGGAUUUAGAAAACAGCCAUCUGACAAAUAUUGGAAAGUUACUUCUUCUCAAGUACUUGUGUCUUGGAUCAGAUAAAAUAACAGAGCUUCCAAGUAAAAUUGGAGAUCUGCAGUAUUUAGAAACACUGGACAUCAGAGGUGCCAAAAAUGUAGGACGACUACCGUCAACUAUUACACGGCUUCAACGAUUGACCCGUCUAUAUGUUAACUACAUCAGGUUGUCCGAGCCAUUGGAAAGUUGCACUGAUUUAUCUGAUGGAGUGAUUGGACAGUUGCAGAGCUUGGAAGACCUAGAGAGUGUUCUUGUCUUCCCAUCGCAAAUAAAGAUGUAUCUGCAAGAGCUCGAUCAGUUAACCAAUCUAAGGACAUUGAAUGUAAUUAUGUUGUAUCCACCUCAUUUUUGUCAUGCUGAUGGAUCUGAUGAUGUUGAAAGAUUUGUAAGGACUUUAAUAUCUUCAUACAAUCUUCAUCAUCUACGUGUCGAUUAUAUGUGUGAAUAUGGAACUCUGGGCCUACUGUCCCUGGAAUCAUGGUGCCCUGCUACUCCUUCUGUACUCCGGGAGAUCUCCAUCACUAAUUACCACAUCGACAAGGUUCCGAAUUGGAUGAUCUCCCUUGUGAAUCUUAGGGCGUUAGACAUAUCCUUGUACCGUAUGGGACCAGAAGAUGUUGAGAUCCUUGGAGCUAUGCCCGCUCUGUUUUUCCUUUAGCUCAAAACUUAUUACGGCAGAAAUGGAAGGAUCAACAUCCGUGGGUUCAGAAGUUUGAAAUAUUUCAGCUUGGAUGUCUUUCUUUGUGGAACUGCAUUGGAGUUCGAAGCUAGAGCACUUGGAGCUUAAUUUCCGUGCGCAUGACAUCAAGUGCGUGAAUGGUGCUUCUGAUUUUGGCAUCCAACACCUCUCCACCCUCACUAAACUGGAUGUUCACAUUUAUGGCCUAGCUACCGGAUUUUUCAAAUUAGUUGGGUUUAAAAAAGAACAAGACUUUGUACCUAAGGUCAUUAGCCUUAUCAAAAAUGCAGUGGGGAAACUUCACAUUCGUCCCACUUACUCAUUUACACGUUCUACAGGAGUCUCAACAGGUUGUCACCAUUUUGAAGAACACGUAAGUUCUCUGGCAGGACUGCUGGUGCUGAUUACUUUAUUUCACCCUCUGAGUACUACUACUAUUGUAUUUAUUUAUUUCAUCAUGCAAAUUCUUGACCAAUUAUUUACUUUAGUUCAUUCAGUAAUCUCUUGCUGCUCCGUUGUUUGAGCUUUGCUAUCGUUUUUAUUUACUGUGUUCGGGCAGUUCAAGAAAGAGUAUGGAGAUCUAGCCAGGAGUAGUCAACAAAUUGGAGAAAAUGUUUUUUGUUCCUAUAUGGAUUGAAUAAUCGAAGAGAUUGAUCAAGAUGCUAUGUCAAGGUGUGUCACGGUUCAGAAUGAAGAGAUUGACCAAGAUGCUACGUCAAGGUGUGUCACGCUUCAGAAUGAAGAGAUUAAUCAAGAUGAUCCAUUAAGAAGGUGUGUCACGCUUCAAAAUGAAGAGAUUAAUCAAGAUGAUCAGUUAAGAAGGUGCGUCACGCUUCAGAAUGUUGUGUCAUGGUCUACUGUGUGGCUUCGCAUCUGGACCGGACCUGCAAACUCCUUCAUCAAGUGGUUCUUUCUGCUGGUACUACUACCUCUAUUUCUGAGCUAUUUUUGUUUUGACUGGUGGUAAUGUAACUUGUAAGGCACUUUAAUCUUGUUCAGUCCAUGCCAGAUGUCACCAAGAGUGCAUUUAUACGGUUCUCAGUAUGACACUGAUAGCUUGUUUUAAGCAACGUAAGCAACUCAGAUGAAGUCAUCGUCAUAAUCAACUCAUCUUUUCAAGAUGUAUAACUGAAGCUUCUUUUGAUAGACCAGAGAAAAAAAAUCUUUAAAAUAGUUAUUUGGACCAGCAGAAUCAGCAUUUUUGGCAUGAGGCUCAUGUGAACAUAUCCUUGGAUGUGCUUCAGUCAUAGACCAUCCUGACUGAAUGUUACUUUGUGCCCACCUCCAAGCUUUUUGUUUCAGCUAUCUCUGUGUAUUUGGACUUUUAAGAGGCUUACUGGACAGUCAGGUAUCUCCGAAUGCGAGGCACUUCGGGAAAGUUCGUUUUCGUCGGUUGAUCUGUACUACCGAGAAAAAUGUUCGGUAUUUCUGGGCUAGAUGCUCUUUCAUGUACAAAGGCCACAUUUCUAUUUUUCUUAUAUAUAGACCCCCCACACCCCGAGUGGGUGAGCACUUCAUGGACGUUUUGAAGCUGAUUUUUCAGAGAGUUUGAAGAGAGAUCUGAAGGAGUGGUGUAUCACCAAAGAACUAGCCAUGGACAGGGGUGCAUGGAAGCUUGCUAUCCAUGUGUUAGAACCACGAGUUGGUCGCGAGAUCUUAUGGGUUUCACCUCUAGCCUACCCCAACCCGUUUGGACUAAAGGUUUUGUCGUUGUUGUUGUUUGAAGACCAAGCUCCUUCCCUCUUGAAUUUCUACUUUGUGCUCAAUCUCUCUAGUUCUAUAAUUUGAUUCUAGGUGAGAGAUAGAUGAUAUAGGUUUUUGUGAGAGUUGAUUGAAGAUCUUUUCAGGAGUUCGUCCAGGUGAUAUUGCUUUGCUUGUUACACUUGGAGGCAGUGGCGGAGCACUAACAAGCAACCAAGAGGGGGGCAAUUUCAAACUAAAAGAACAAAAUGUUGGUGUUAACCAUUGUUGUUUAGGUGUGUGUGCGUCAUGUUUAUUUCCAGUUCAUCCAUGUAGUUGAAGCUGCGGCAGUGUGUGCACGUAGAGUUGUGUUCACGUGCACAAUGCAAAGCUAAAUGGGUUGUGAUUAGUUAGCUGCAUGUGUCAGUCUGUGAGGGGUCCGGCCGGCCGAGUUGUGUAGCAGACCAGAGAUGGAGAAAGAAGCGGGCGCAGGCAGUUGCGGCAUGCACCAAGUAAGGGCUUAUCCAUCUGCAAAAACUUGGGAGUGACUCAAAGUCUGUACGUGUGAGCAGUUAGUGGAGAGAUUAGUGGGUCAAGCCGUUAGUGGAGAGAUUAGUGGCUUGACCGGUGCGUUUGCAUGCUAGCUAGUGUGUGUGUUGGCUGCUCUAUUUAAUCCCGUGUAAUCCAGUUCAUUCAGUGUGAGAAGAAAUACAGAAAAGGCACAAGUGUGCGUGGUGCCAAAUUCGUGAGUGUCUCUUCUACCUCCUGUGCGUGAGUUCAUCUCCUACCUUGGGCAGAGAUUACACAAAAUGCAUGAAAAGAAGAGCUGACUCACAACAUAAACUGAAACAAAA